AUGAUAUUUCAAUGUUUCAAUAUAUAUGAUGUAGAUGUUGACGAAGUCAUCCAAGCGCCUAACACUGAGGCAUUUUCAAAAUCUAAACAACAAAACUGUCGUCAUCAAUUAUUAUUUUUUGUUUCUCUUUCUCAGCUUGACUUGAGCUUAAAACGUUUUAGAAUGAAAUCACCAAAAUUGGUGUUUAGAUUAUUGGAACACACAGGUUUUGAAUAA